AUGCAGCAGGAAGGCUUCCGCCGCACCGAGUGUCAGUGCCGCUCCAAGUUCAAAGUCCUGAAGGCACCAUAUUUAAAGGUCUACGUGGCCCACGCCACGAGUAUGGGUGAUCCACCACGCUGUCCCUUUUAUGAUACGAUGGAUCACCUUCUCCGAAAUCAGAUAGUGACUGACGCACAUAAAACGGAGGAUGCUGCUUGGGCCCAGCACUGUGACCAGAACUCAGCGGCCCCUGACACCCCAGGGGAAGAGGGAACCAGCAUUCUGGGAGCAAAAAGGACUCAGGCAGCAGAUCGUCAGCCUAUCUUGAAAACAGUUAAGGAAUCAGAUGAGGAUUGUCAGCUGAGGAUCAGUGACCAGAUGCGAGAAACCAGCGACCUUGAGGACUCCUGGGAUGACUCCUCAGGUGCAGGGUGCUCUCAAGGGACCCCCAGCUACAGCAGCUCCCACUGCCUUUUCAGAGGUGCAGCCGCUCCCUGUCAGAGCAGCCCCGUGACCAGAUUGGGGGUGUCCGGUGAGCCCAGCCCCUGCACGAGCUCCGGCCGAAACACUCCCGGGGUGGCCUCGGCACAGCGGCCUCCGGGCUCCCCCUCCAGAGUUCCUUUUGUUUCCGGUGGGGAUGGGCCUUUGACCAGUGAGCCCCCUCCCAGGUGGGCAAGGCGAAGAAGGCGGUCCGUGGCCAGGAUUAUCGCAGCCCAGUCGGCAGAAAACAGGAGAUUGGCAGGAGAACUUUCAAAGCGGGAGGAGGAAAAAUUGGACCGGCUGAUUGCCAUCGGUGAGGAGGCCAGCGCUCAGCAGGACACCGCCAAAGAGCUGCGCAGGGACGCCGUGGUCGCGGUCAGACGCUCGGCCGCAGCGGAGGAAGAGGCAACCGGUGCUUUUCAGCUGGCGCUUGAAAAGUUGCUUCAGAGGUUCAUUUCAAACACCAGAAGUUAG